AUGGACCAAGCCCUCUCAAACUCCGAGCGACUUGGACUGCCAAACAUGAUUCUCGUACAGAUAUCUACAUACAAAAAUGACAACACCUGGAUACUCGAGGGUCUGAAAGAACUAGGUCCAAACAAAGCGCGUGGCGUAGUUGCCUUCAACCCAGACAAUAUCGACAUAGAAACCCUUCAUCAAUGGCACCGUUUGGGUGUCAGAGGUGUACGGCUUAACUUGAGGUCGACCAAAACUGCCCUGAGCAAGGACCAGAUCCAAACUGCCUUACGAAGGUACGCUGAGAAGCUGCGGCCAAUGAAGACGUGGUCUAUUGGAUUAUAUGCUGAUAUGGACGUACUGGACCAUGUCCAACCCUUGGUCUCCGAACUGGGAGUUAAGCUCGUCCUCGAGCAUUUUGGGUCUCCGUCCAUCCUGCCACUGAACCCAGCGAAGUAA